CGUCGUCGUACGUCGGGCGAUAAUAAAUAUCAUCUGUUCGUGAAUCGUGGCGGCGCCGUUGAUUACGCGGGAGCAUUUCAUGUUGUUGGUUUGUGUGAUACCCAUUUUAUAAAAUAAAAAAUUAGUAACAAGAAAAUCAUUGCCCGUUAUCAGCGUUAGACGUCGUGGUCGUCGAGGAAUGUGCAAGUAAUGUCGGCAUGACCUCGUGGGACGCACGUUGAUUUGUUAUUUUUGUUUCCCCUCCGUACUGAUUUAGUUAUUACAGUCAUUCGUUUGGCGCAAUUUAGAUUUUUGUCCCGUCCCGUCGUUGUCGUCGAUACCGUCCCGGUAUAUUGCCGCAUACCGUACAGCAGCCCGUUCACGAGUACAGCAGUCGACAGUUGCAGUCCGCGUCGUCCGACCACAGCGCUAACAUUUCAUCGCGUCCGGUAACACGAGUCACGGGUACGACGCUUGUGUAAACAAACAGAUUUGCCGGUUGAAAACAGACAAUUGCUUGAAAAUAUCGAGGUGCCACAUAGGCAUGUACCGAUCGAUUAAGAAGACCAUUAACACGAUCAUUACCGUUACUCUCCGAACGACUUUUAUAUCAAUCGUUACCUGACACGUUUCGUCACAGACGCCGCCGCCAUUAGCAUCAUCAACGACGAUGGACAAAAACAUCGUGACUGAGGAAGACAUCAGCUCUUUGAUCGGACGUUUCGCCAAGGAAACGUUUAGGUGCAACAACAGCGGUCCAUUCGUAAGCAUAGCAACUUUUGUUUCCGAUAUUGUAUUUUGAUGAGAUGUUAUUGAUGGUUUAGGCGGAUGUUUGUUUGAAUUACCUACGUAUUUAUUGUUUAAAAAAAAUUGUUUGUAGUGUUUUUCAAUAGGUAUAUUAAGAUUUUUUUUCAGUCCUAAAGGCAAUACUUCAACUAGACGUUUAAUGAUACAACUGUAAUGCCAAUGUAGUACACAGUCAAUACUUAAUUGAAACCCGGCAGGUGACUGUUGAAAAAUAUCGUACUGUUAUAUAGGCAUUUUAGUUUAAGUUUUAAGAUAAUAUUUUAGGACGUUAUUCAUUUAAUUAUUCACAAGUUAUUCAUAGUAGUAUUAGGAACCUACUCAUAUUUGUUUGCUUUUUGCUGAAUAUCAAAAAAGUGUUCUCAAAUAAAUUAUUUUAUUUAUCUAAAUUAAUAUUCCUAUCUCUAACAUAUGGCUGGCUAUUUGUAUGACCUUUACUGUGACCCUAUGUCAAACGUGAGCCAAUACAGAUAUACUUUUUUUUUAAUUACGUACUUACCUACGGUUUUUUUAGGUACCUACUAUUUGCAUUAGUUUUUAAUAAUAUUAACACAUUAAUUAACACACUCCACGAGAUUCUAUUUUAUUGAACUUUGUGAUAAUAAUUAUUGAGUUAUGCUCCUGAUCGUUAUACUUUUAAUUAAUAGGACAUAUUCUUGUAAUUUCAUUAGUAGUAGUACUACCAUUUUUGUCACAGGUAUUUAAAUACAAAUUGAUAACCAUUAAUUGAAACUCUUACAGUUUUAAACCCGACUAUUACAUUUGAUUAUAAACGUAUGACUAUGAUUACCUAUUGGUUGGUAGGUUGAUUUUGUAUAAAUAAAUCUUGUAUUCAAAAUAUUAUGCAAUAUUUUAAUUUAUAUUAUCGCGUAUAAUAUUAUAAUUUCUACACAAAUCUUUUAUUGAAAUUUAAUACGGACAAGGCAUAUGUACCUAUUCAAUAUUAAAAAAAAAAAAAAAAAAAUGAAUUAGGUACCUAAUCAAUUUAAAAUUGUUUGAUUAUAUUAUGUGAAAUUAAUUUUAAUUGUUAUAGUUUGACGUGUUCCUUUACACAUUUUAGUGUUUAUCUAAUCUUUACUAAAGUUUUUUAAGUCUCAUUUGUUCAAAAUUUUAAAAAAUUAUUUUAUGUUAAAUUUAGUACUUAUAGUAUAUUUGUAUUAUGUAUCUAGUUAUUUAAUUGGUUAUUUGUAUUUAUUUUAAUGACCUUUUAAUAAUAAUUUAUUAUUUGUUUUCAGGGAACUGAUGUUAUGGAAAAAUGUUUAAAUCUAUUACGGUUAGACUAUAAAUUUAUGGUAAGAACUUAUUACCCAUUAAAAUUGUUAACUUUUAAUCAUUUUUCUUCUUUUAAACAUUUAAUAAUUGUGGAUAUUAUUGGUUCAUCAUAUAACCAUAGAUACCUGGUAACAAACCUCAUAAAUAUAUUUAAAAUUUAAUUUGUUAAAGUAAAUCAUUUAUAAUAAUAAUAUAUUUAUGUACUAUUAUUUUGUUUUAUUUGUUUUAAUUGAUAUAUAGAACAUGAACAAUAUAUUUAUAAUAAUAAUAUUAAUCACGUUGACAUAAAUAUUGUUAGUUUUACUAGAUAUAUUAAUUAUUUGUGAUACCUAUAUAACAUAGUAUAAUAAGUAAUAGUAAUAUAAUUUAAUCAAUAAUACAAUUUCUUCCAAAUAAUAUUAUCAAUUGAUAUUGUUUGGAAGAAAUUAUUUUAUUGAUUAUACAUGUUUUAUAGAAUUUGUAUAAUUUAUAUUACCUAUGUAUAUAUUUAUUAGUUAAGCUGACGUAAUUUCCAAAUUAAUGUUUUCAACUAACAAGCAACAUAAAAAAAACACACUCAUGCAGACUAAGUAGAUUGGUUAAUCCUUAAAGUAAUCACUACUGAAUGACCUGUUUUUGUUGUCCAAAUUGUGUUUUACGACAAAACUUAUUCAAAAUUGAACUAUUAAAAAUUGAUUAUAAAAACAAUGAAUAUGAAUUAAAUAUUUGUAAACCUAUAAUUAUAAUGUUUAGGCCAAUCUCAAAAUUACCCAAGUCAUCUAUUUCAAUAUCGUGAUCAUUUCAAAACAAUAUCCUGUUUCUAUGCAAAUUCAUUAUUAUUUAUAACUAGAAUUUAGUUCAUGCUGAUAACAAUUUUUGAAUGAUUUAUGUGCAUUUAUUAGAUGGCCACUUUCUUAUUAUAGAUUGUGUACAUAAAAUUAUUAAAUGUAAUAACUUGUAAUCAAUUAGAGUGACAAUUUAAUCCAAAUUUUAUUUUAUUUAUAUGGAUAUUAAAUAAAUAAUAAAAUUUAAAAAUUAUAAUAGCAUCACCUUAUUUACAAAUUAAGCUUUUUUGAUGUAAUAGGUUUUAAUGCUAAUAUUUUAAAUUUAAAUAUAUUAUUUUUCAGAUUAUUGACAAUAGUAAAGGACGCAUUAAUGAACAAUAUCCACAUAAAAUACCCAUUUUACAACACGAACGAUUUUCUUCUAGAGGUUUAAGAUCAGAUAGAACUUCCUCCAGUUCUAGUUCUGUUGAUGACAUUUCUCCAAAAGGAAAUAGCAACCGAAAAAGAAAUAGUUUAGGGGCUCCUUCAUCUAGUAUUAAUUCUUCUCCAGAACCAUAUGUGCGUUCCCAGUCACCAAGGUUCAAUAGUCCUAAAAAAACGAGUGAAAUUAAUGGUACAGACAUUGUAUCUAUUGAUACACUGAUAAGUGAGGCAAAAUUUGCCCGGUGUCGUAAUCGUUUUGUUGUGCCUGUAAUAUUAUUCCAAGGAAAAUAUAUUUGCCGGUAAAAUUAAAAUGUAUUUUUUUUUUAUAUAUAUUUAAAUAUUUUGUAUUAUGGUUCUAAUUAAAUUAAUUGUUUAGGUCUUCUACAAUAGCAAGAAUGACAGAAAUUGGUUUAGGAACUGCAACAGAAAAAGGUUUAUGUUUUGAAGAAUUUCGACAACUUGAUAAGAAAAGGAUGUGUGAUGUAGAACUUUUACAAGCAUGGAAAGUGGGGACCAUUUUCGACCUUAUGGUUGAAAAUGAAAAGCAAAAGUAUCUGCUUUCGUAAGUAUUAAUUAGGUAUAAGAACAUAUAUUUUAUGUUUUAUAUUUUUUAAAUCAUAAAUAAUAUAAAAUAUAAAUUAAUUGCAGUGAAAUUGAAUUAAUUUAAUUUGUAUUUUUAGUGUAACAUCAUCAGAAAAAGUAGAUGACACUCAAAAAUAUGCAAUUUUUCGCAUUAUACCAACACCGUAUCCAGGAUGUGAAUUUUUCCUUGAUUUUAAGAAAAACAAUUAUAAUUCUGAAGGAUUGAUGUUUAAUUGGUCUGAUCCUUCUAUCGAUUCAACACUUAAUGUAAAGCCGAAUCCUGCUGUUGAUCAACUAGAUAUUCAAUGGAGUAGUUACAAGGUUAUUAUAACAUUUAUUUAUUAAUAUUACUCAGACUAUAAUUCAAUAUUAUUACAAAAUCAGACUAUUCAAAAGUACAUUUUUUUAAGUGCAAUAUUUUUGAAAAUUUUUUCUAAUUGCACAAUUAGAGUAUUAGAGAAAUCAUCUUUUAAAACAUAGCUAUCAGUGAGUGAGUGAUGUUUGGCUUUUAUAUACAUAGAUUUAUCAACGUUUUUCUAAUGUAUUUUGUUCUUAAUUUCAAAUUUCAAACUUGUGUGGUUUGAGCUUUAAAAAUAGAUCAAUUAGUCUAUCUAUCAAAUAGUGCAAUGAAGAAAUAAUAACAUCAUAAUAUUUAUAUUUUUAAGUACCAAUUUAGGUGUUUUUUUUUAUGAAUAAAUUUAAAAUAAUAUUCAAAUAUAUAAAAUUUGAUAAAUAUUUUUAAUAUAUUAAUACUUUCUAUUAACUUUCUAAUCUACGCCCAUUUAAGUGGAAGAGGUAUUGUACUCCUUUUUUAUUUAAUUAAAAUAAUGGUAAAAACAAAAAGUAUUUGAAUUUUUGUGAUAAAAACAUUGAAAAAUGGACUUUUAUGCAGUUUGUGUAGGAAGUCUUCCUCUUUUCAACAAAAAAAUAAUCAGAAAUUAGACUACUUUAUGAAGAUUGAGAGUUUUUCCCAUGAGGCAUAUUUUUAAGCUAAAAGCCAACUGGCAUAAGGCCCUUUAAUAAUAUAUAAUAGGGCUCCUAAAAAGUGAAGGAUGGCCAAGUUCAAAUAUCAGGUUUCUCAAUAGUUUUGAUAUCAGUUUUAUGUUCACAAUAUAUCCUUGACACAUAUUUUAGAGUAGACAUAAUAUGUUUGUAGCUGUUGAAUAAAAUUGUACUGGAGGAACAUCACCAGUGCUUACUUUUCAUGAGCCCAACUAUAAUAAUUUGCCUAUAAGACUUAACAUAGAUAACAUGGUUUCUAUUACAGGAUUGGGACUUACGACAACUGACUGAAAACUAUUUAAUUUUGAUGUUGAAAUAUAUUUGGUGUUCAUCAAAAGGAAUAUUGGUUCAUUGCAUUAGUGGUUGGGAUCGAACACCAAUGUUUAUAUCAUUAAUAAGAAUGUCUUUAUGGGCUGAUGGCGCUAUUCAUAAAUCAUUAUCUCCUAGUCAGAUUUUGUAUUUAACGCUGGGAUAUGAUUGGUAUUUGUUUGGACACAAUUUAGAAAAUCGCCUUGAAAAGGGAGAAGACAUCAUGCACUUUUGUUUUCAUUUCCUCAAGUAUAUUUUCAGUGACAACUUCAAAACUCCUUCGAAUUUGUAAGGCACACCUUGUGAUUAGUAGUAAAUAUCUAAAUUAUAAAUAAUUAUGAUUUUAUUUAAUUAGUUCUGCAGUCACAGCACCUAGCAGUCCAAAAUAUUCUUCAUACAUGGGUGAAUUUGACUUGACCGAGUUGGAUCAAUUAGAUAUCCGUUCACGAAAUAAUAGCAAUGGCAGGUAAGUAAAUAUUUUAACAUUAUUUAUGGACCAAUAUCAUGAUUUAAUAUUUAUUUUAUAGUACUGAAGAUUUAACAAAUGGAAAGCCCUUUGAUACUCUAGAUGAUUAUCAUUCACAGUUUGAUUUUGAACAAACCACUACAACCAAAAUUAAAUCGAUUAAGAAGCCAGCAGAAAAAUUUUGCGUUAAAGAAACUAUAUAUGAGUUGGAAGAUAUUGAAGAUGAUGAUGAUGAUGAUUUGAUGAUUAUGGCAGAUGAGUUAGAAACAAAGCGAUACAAAUGUUCAUCUCUACGUAGGCGUCAUCAAUCUGCCCGAUCAUCAGAUUUAGAUUUUGAUUAUGAUGAUUGUGAAAUAGCAGAAUUUGAAAGAACUUUGCCAGUUGAUAUGCCACCUUCACAAAGGCAUACUCGAACUUAUUCUAAUUCAAGCGAGACCGAUGAGUGAGCAUUUAAAACUUAUUAGAUAGAAUGUAAUUUUUUUUUUUUUUUUUAAUUUUAUCAUUUUAGGUGGUCCAUAGUUACUCAAACUGGCAGUUUAAAUGGCACUGAUUUGUCUGAGAAUAGAUUUCGGUCUAUUUCAUCGUGAGUAGUAUUAAUAAUAUUUUUAGUUUGAAUUUGUGUUUUUUGUUUAUUUUAAAUUUAACUAUAUUAUGUUGUAGCCGAGAAACUAGAUUAUCCGCUGUCAGAGAAUUAUUCUAUAAAUGUUACAGUAUAUAUGGAUAUAAAACAGAUGGCCCAGAAGGUAUACUAAGUAAAUUAUUAUUUUAAUAUUUUACUAUGUUAUAAUAUGUUGGUUGCAUUUACUACUUUCAUAGAGUACUAUUAGAAAUAGUAUUACUAAAAAAUAGUUAUUGUAACUUUAAUAAUGCAUACUAGUUAUUGCAUAUUUUUUGUUUAUUAUAAGUUAGCUAGUCUAAUGUUUUUAUAUCCAGUUGAAUUUUCUUUAACUAUUUUUCAAUAAUUGAACAUUUUUUUUUAUUAUUAUUAAAUAAUAAUAAUUCUAUUAGUAGACUAUUUUAUUAAAAUCUUUAUUCUCUUAUAAAUGUAAGACAAUACUGAAUAUUCAUAGAGUACUCAAAGUUCAAGAUAACUUCACCCAAAAUUUAGAGUUUUUUAUUUUCAAUAUUAUUAUUAAUUUGAAUCUAAAAUUAUUAAUUUAUUAUACAUUAAUAUAUUUUGUAUUCGUAUAUUUAUUUAAUUAUUUUAUAAUUACUUAAUAUUUUCUUUAGAAAUAAAUUACUUUCUAAAACAAAUGGUAGAUUAGGAAAAAUAUUUUUUUAAAUUCUUCUAUGUAUAAAUAUAAACAAUACAGGGAAAAUGUGUCAUAAAUUUUAACACCAUUAAAAAACCAUAAAUUAAUUAAUAAUAUAAAAUUAAAGUAGUAUUUUUAGUAUAUUUUUGGGAAUUUUAUAAAUAUAUUUUUUUACAUCUAUAUUUUUAUGAAGAGCGGAUUAAAAGCUCAAAGAUAAAAGUAUAUAAAGAACCUUGUUUUUAAAAUUAUACUAAUUUUUUUUAUUGUUGUAUACCACUUCGUGAUUUUUUGCUGCUGUGAAUUAUAGUUAAAUUAUAUUAAGUAAUAAAAAAAAAAAUUAAGUUUAGAUUCAUUAAAUUUGAUUUAUUAUUUAUCAAUUCCUUUGAAAUUACUUAUAUCUAACCUGUAUGCCUAGUUUAAAAACGGGCAAUAUAGCAAAAUUUAACUUACGCAGACUUUGUAGUUUGGUUUUAUUUUUUGUUUUGGAGCAAAACCACCUAUUAUAGUAAGACAAUUCAGUGUUUAUAAAUAAAGUCUAAUUAAUAGCUUGUAAAUGACUAACAUUUAAAAAAUAAAAACAUAUCAUCUUGCCCUCAUAUAUUGUCUACUUUUUAAUUUUAUAAUAGAUGCUUCUUUACUAAAACCAAAGUUAAGUGAGUUUUACGGAGUCUACAUAGUUUCAAUUUUAUUAUAUUGUCCAUUAGUUGGACUGAGACAGUACAUGUGGGUAUAGCCAUUCUCUUAAUGUUUUUAAAUGAAAUUUAUUUUUAACUGUGGUUUUAUUUUCUGAGCUUUUAUUCCUGCCAUUCAUAUUUAGAAUCAUGUUUGUAUAUGUCUUACUCUAAUUAUGAAAAGUAAUAAAAUAGAAUUAGUUAAGGUGAAACUAAAUUUUAGUUUUUGGUAGAAUCUGUUAUCUUUCGUUACCUUUGUUUUAUUUUAUUAUUCUUUAAAAUCAUAUAAAUUGGUUUUAUACAUUAAUAUCCUAGGCCAGGGAGAUUGAUUAAUAAUCUACCAAAUAAAAACAUUCAGUUUCAAAUAAAUUUGGUUAAUUUCAUGGCGUGGUAAAAAUCUAUUAAUAAUAUAAUUUUAAAAAAUUGAAUUUUUUUUAUGCAGGGUUUUAUUUUUUUCUAACCAAAAUAAUAAUAAUAGUAAAAAAAAACAUUAAAAAUAAUUAAGUAUGUAUUCUCAAUAAUAUAUACAUAUUUCAAUAUAAUAUACAUAACAUACAGUUUGAUGCUGGACUAAGAUUUUAUCCUAAUUUUAUUAAGUCCAUUUAUAUUUACUUAAGUUUAGAUUAUAAUUAAGGAAAUUGGUGUAUACCUUUAUUUUACUGAUAUAUUUUAUAGAUUUUAGUUCUUAUAUUGUACAAUAAUUUUAAAUUUACAAAGAAAAUUUGUAUGGUUUUAUUUAAUUUCUAAGUUUAAAGAUUUGUUUGCCAUUAUUUUGAUUUCAUCAUAACUUAUUAUUCUUACAUAAAUAUUAUUUGACAAAAAUAAAACAAAAUAUGUAUUUUUAGGAUGUGCUUAACUAUUUUUUUUAAAUAUAUAUAUACAUAAAAGUUACAAAUUUACAAGUAAUAUCAAUAUUAAUUAGUAAUUCAUAAUUAUAUCAUUUAUUUUAAAUUACUAAAUGUUAAUGAUUUACUAUAAAUAACUUCUUAUUCCAAAUUCUUAGGUUUUAACAAGUAUAAUUGUGUAUAUAGCAAAUAAUUUUAACUUAUAAAGUUCAUAAAUAUUUAUUUAUGUUUAUAAUGAAAAAAUAAUAAUAUAGUAACUAUGCUGGUGGUUUCCAUAUAGUAUAUCAUAUUAAAAAAACAAUAAUAAAAUAUUAUUUGUAUGUAAAUUUUCUUUUGUAAAUACAUUAAUACUUUGGUAUAGUUAUUUUACCAUAAUUUAAAUAAAUUAUAUAAAAUACAUAUUUUGAAAUUCAAACUAAUUUCUUGUUACAAUUAAAUAUUAAUAUUCAAUUUAAUAUUAACAAUGAUUUUUUUAUUAGAUGUAAUUUUUUUUUAUGUGUAAAUUUUGGAAACAAUCUUGACUUUUAAGUAAAUAAAUACAAUUUUUCUAUUGAACAUCAUGUUAUACUAUAAGCCCAUGCGGAUAAAUUGAUUUUAUUGUUACAUUUUAUGUUAAAAUUAUUGUAUUUAUAAUUACAUUUUCCAUGACUGUCUUAACUAUAAGAAUAUUUUUUGAAUCUACUCUAUACUUUUUCCUGUGAAUUUAAAUAUAAUAUUACUAUUACAAGUUUAUAUUAUAGAAAUAAGACAAAUACAAAACUGUGAGGCUGUUUUAACAUAAUUGUAAUUUUUGUAAUUAUUAAUACAUUAUAUUGUUAAGCUCCAAAAUUUACAUGGCUGUGUAAGAAGCAGUCAAAAAUGUCUGAUAAAAGAUUGUUUUUUAUUAUUUAUAAACUUAUAUUGGUUUUAUUACUAUUACUUUUUUUUUUGAAAUGGGUAUAUUAUGAAGGUUAAACCAAUUUAAUGUACUUAAAAUUUAUAUACUGGAACCUUCCAUCCACCUGAACUGUACAUUUAUUUAAUUAUAAGUUAAUUAUUAAUAAUUUUUUUUUUUGUAUUUUCUUUAUUUGUGAUAUGCGUUUAGCAAUAAGCAUCAAAAUGUCAACAGACACAAAAACACCAAAAUCGUUAAAACUUGACUUGUAUAACUGUGUUCAUAGAUAUUAAGACAUACUUGAUAACUGUAAUAAUUAUGUAAUUAUUGUUAAGAGUAAUGGCUGUGGCUGGUUGUAUAAAUUGCCUGAAGCUGAGGGUGCAACAGAAAUACAAUAAUAAUAGUUGAAGAAACAUUUCCUCAGAUAUCCUAUUGCAGUUCAUUGGUCCAGUUAGAAAAAAAUUCUUUAACCUUGUUUUGAAGAAAUAGGUAAUUAUGUUUUAGUAAUUUCAAAAUACAAAUAGACAACUUAUUAAUCAAAAUAAAAAACAAAAGUACAAGCCCAAACAAGUAAACACAGUAUACUAUUAUACGAUUUAUAAAUGGUAUUGUCUUUUAUUUGGCCAAGGAAUUUUCUAGGCCAGAAACAACAUUUUAUAGCUCACAAAUGUAUUUUUGAACAAAUCUUGUACACAACAGUUAAAAGUUUUGUGUAUAUGUUUUUAUAUGACAUGUUCUAAUUCAUAAAAUAUUCAUUCUUUCCCUUAUUAAAAUUGCACAUACAUAACUGUUAAAUUAUUAUUUUUGUUUACUGUUGCACACUCUCUUUGAGUUUGCAAACCAAUUUUUUUUUCGAUUUUAGUGUAUACAACUAAUUUAAAAUUAUGUUAAGAUUGUUAUUGUAAAACAUUUUUAUAAUUGAGUUGUUUAUAUUUCAUUCAAUUUCUUUUUUUGAUUUGCUUUUUAUUGUGAACAUGUACUCUAUUCAAUAAUGUACUAUCAAUAUUUUCAUAGCA